AUGCGUCUCAGAAUAGGAUCUGAUAAGUCAAAUCUGGAAGAAAUUAGGGAGUUCUCUGAGUGGAUUCUGAAUAUCGGAGACUGCAAAGUUGGUGAACCGAAUGAUGGUGUAGCCAAUGUAGAAAUUCCUCAUGAAGCAUUGGUAUACAGAGGAGAUGACCUUAUUUCUGCAAUAGUCGAUAGCACAUAUCCUGAUCUAGAAGAUAACAUCUGGGAAGCAAGUUAUUUUCAAGAAAGAGCUAUUCUUCCUCCAACUAAUGAAAUUGCUGACAUGGUUAAUGAUCGUGUUUUGUCACGCUUACCAGGUGAAGAAAGAACGUACUUGAGUUCAGAUGCAAUUUCAAUAGAGGAAGGGAAUUUCGGAAUACACGAGAUGUAUUCUACUGAAUUUCUGAAUACAAUCAAGUGCGGCGGUUUGCCAAAUCAUAAUAUAACCUUGAAGGUAGGGAAACCAGUGAUCCUACUACGGAAUAUUGAUCAGACUUCUGGGCUUUGCAAUGGUACUAGGUUAGUCGUGAAGCACCUUGGCAAUCGAAUUAUUGAGGCAGCUGGUGUAUCUGGUAGUAAUGUUGGUGAUAAAGUUUCUAUUCCGAGGAUGACACUUACCCCAUCAGAUGCAACAAAGUUUUCCAUAAAAUCUCAAAGAAGACAAUUCCCAUUGGUUGUUUGUUUUGCAAUGACAAUCAAUAAAAGCCAAGGACAGUCCUUAGCGCACGUUGGUUUAUAUCUCCCCCGGCCAGUGUUCAGCCACGGACAAUUGUAUGUGGCUAUUUCAAGAGUUACAAGCAAAAAGGAUUUGAAAUCUUGA